UCAUGAAGAAUUUGAGGUGUGAGUGGUCAUUAACAUAUCUUUUGUUUCCAAGGGUGGGAGAGGUCUGAGGUGUGAAUUGGUCAUUACAAUGUGUGACAAGUUUGGUAGGAACAUCCUGUGUUCAGUGUUUUGUCCAUCUGAGCACCUUGAACAUGCUUUGCAUGCAUUUUUCAUGAUGAAAAAAGGUUCUGGACAGCAUCAGGAACUUGAAGAGUUUAAAAAAAUGUCAAACACAAACACUUAUAAACGCGAUUUGCCGCGUUUAGCCGCAUUUUGUGUUCAAAACGCUGAUAAAAUUAACGUCUAAAUGCAAGUUUGUUGCGU